ACAGCUGACAGGUGAGGUCCCAUACCCGGUGUAUAAAGAGCCAUUCUGCGACUGACCCUCUGCCUUCCAGGAUGAACACGAUUCAGACUCUCUUUCUUUUGGCUGUAGGCCUCUCUGUAGCCCAUUCAUUGGACUACAAGGCCCUUUCCCAGUUCAGGAAGAUGAUCCUGUGUCUGAUGCCCAAUAGCUGGCCUGCUCUGGAUUACGCUGACUAUGGCUGCUACUGUGGUUAUGGAGGCUCUGGAACACCUGUCGAUGAUUUGGACAGGUGCUGUCAAGUUCAUGACAAGUGUUACAGUGAUGCCAUGCAACAUCCUAAGUGCUGGCCCAUCCUGGACAACCCUUACACCGAGUUCUACCACUACACGUGUGACAAAGAUAACAAAAAGAUCGCCUGCACUGACAAAAACAAUGAAUGUGAGAUGUUCAUCUGCGAGUGUGACAGGAAAGCUGCAGAGUGUUUCAGCCAAUCUGAAUGGAUCCCCGAACACGAGCACCUGCCGAGUGACCAGUGUCGUUAAAGCAUACCUUGCGAAGAAAUAAGUGCUUCAAAAAGAUGCGUGCACCUUUUUAACUUUGAGGACAGUUUAUCCAGAUUUUUUACCCCUUAAUUCAAAAAUGUAAUGACCUUGCAGAAUCAGACAGAAUUCGGAUAUCUACAUAAUGCCUUUCCUAAGCUGAGACUGUAAUUAUACUUUAUCCUAAACGUUCAUCUCGCACGUUUGCUGUUUGUAUCUGUUUUAACAAUCAUAUGCCUUCUAUUAACCAUCGAUGUUUUUUUAACCAUCGCUCGUUAACAUGCAGGAAGACAAGGAAAUUGUAAAAUGGAAAGGAGAUCUAUUCUGAUAAAUCUGUAGCUGUUCCCCAUCCUUUCUGCAAUCUCGUAUUUAAAAAAAACAUUAAAGAAAUGAAUAAAGCCAUUUUGUGAGGAAGAACAAA